CGGCUUCCGGCGCCCCAGUUCCAGGCGCGGGAGCCGAGCCGGCCGCGCUCCGAGGGACGCCUCCGCGGACGGGCGAGGUCAGCGGGCGCUGCGGCGGGCGGGGCCUCGGGGUGGGCGCGCGGGAAGCUGCGCGCAGAUGGCGGGGAAGAGGCCGCCGGGCGCGGGCGGGCAGCGCCGGCUGCUGGGGCUGCUGGUGGCCGUGGCCGCCGUGCACCUGCUCAGCUGCCCCUACACGAAGGUGGAGGAGAGCUUCAGCCUGCAGGCGGCGCACGACCUGCUCUUCCACCGGCUGCGCCUGGAGCAGUACGACCACCUGGAGUUCCCGGGCGUGGUCCCCAGGACGUUCCUCGGGCCGCUGGUCCUCGCCGCGCUGUCCAGCCCCGGGGUCUGCGCGCUCGCGCUGCUGGGCGCGUCCAAGUUCUACGCACAGCUGACCGUUAGAGCUGUCCUUGGACUCGGAGUGAUCUUUGGACUUUGGACGUUGCAAAAAGAAGUGCGACGGCAUUUCGGGGCCACGGCGGCCACCAUGUUCUGCUGGAUGACGGCCUCGCAGUUCCACCUGAUGUUCUACUGCACGCGGACACUCCCCAACGUGCUGGCCCUGCCCGUGGUGCUGCUGGCGCUGGCGGCCUGGCUGCGGCAGCGGUGGGUCCGCUUCAUCCGGCUCUCGGCUCUGGCCAUCCUGGUCUUCCGGGCCGAGCUGAGCCUGCUCCUGGGCCUCGUGCUGCUGCUGCUGCUCGGCACCCGGCGGCUGUCCGUGGCCAGGGCCCUGCGCUGCGCCGUGCCCGCCGGCCUGCUCUGCCUCGGACUGACGGUGGCGGUGGACUCCUAUUUUUGGCGCUACCUUGUGUGGCCGGAAGGAACUGUGCUCUGGUAUAACACCAUCCAGAACAAAAGCUCCAACUGGGGCACCUCGCCCCUGCUGUGGUACUUCUACUCGGCCCUGCCCCGGGGCCUGGGCAGCAGCCUGCUGUUCGUGCCGCUGGGCCUCGUGGACAGAAGGGCCUUGGCCUUGCUCCUGCCGGCACUGGGGUUCGUGGCCCUGUACUCGCUGCUCCCCCACAAGGAGCUGCGUUUCAUCAUCUACACCUUCCCCCUGCUGAACGCCGUGGCCGCCCGGGGCUGCGCCUACCUGCUGAACAACUACAAGAAGUCCUGGCUGUACAGAGCAGGCUCCCUCCUCGUGCUCGGGCACCUCGUGCUGAACGCCGCCCACUCGGCCACGGCCCUCUACGUGUCCCACUUCAACUACCCUGGUGGCGUGGCCAUGCAGCGGCUGCACGAGCUGGUGCCCCCCCGGACAGACGUUGUCCUGCACAUCGAUGUGGCUGCUGCACAGACGGGCGUGUCUCGGUUCUUGGAGGUCAACGACGCCUGGAGGUACGAGAAGAGGGAGGAUGUGCAGCCUGGGUCGGAGCACAUGCUGGCCUACACACACCUGCUCAUGGAGGCGGCCCCUGAGCACCUGGCCCUCUACAGGGACACACACCGGGUGCUGGCCAGUGUUGCGGGCACCACGGGGGUGAGUCUGAACCUGACCAGGCUGCCUCCCUUCAACGUCAACCUGCAGACAAAGCUGGUGCUUCUGGAGAGACGGCUCAGGCCCUCCUGAGGGAAGGCCUAGUGCCCGACGAGAACAGCACAGGCACAACCACACACAUGACGUGCCUCCUACCCAGGCCCUGGAAGGCCGGCCAAAGCCACCCGCCACCCCUGAGACAGGGACCCCACGUUUGCACUGCACACCAGGGGGCCUGGGCACAGCCGGCUGCCCUGGGAAGCUGCUUUGGGGAGGCAGCCACAUCUGCUGCCCGUGGGCCUGAGCACCUAACCAAGUGCAGCCUUUGGGAAGGUCACGUGUCUGUAGCUGUGAAGUCGGAGCCUUCGCACCUGCUGGAUGGCGUACCCCGAUCUGAAUCCCACACUGGGCAAAUUUUUCUCCAUCGUCCCAGGGACACAGUUCCAUCACGAGGAAAUUUCAGACAUACACGUUCAAGUGGGAUGAGAAUUAAAGUUUGUACAUCUUUUCUUCUCAGUCGUCUUAUAUGUGAUGUUUCCAGAGAGUGCCUUCACCUAGGUUUUAUUUUUAUGUGAUGAACUAGUGGCCCGGUGCACAAAUUUGUGCACAUCGAAAGGAAAUUAAUUAGAAGAAAUA